AUGGACGGUUGGACCGCUCUAUACAACUGGGCCGCCUUUGGCGUGGUCGCAGGUGGAUUGGCAUACUAUUAUAUUCCAAAGAACACCAAGAAUACCAACAUUCACAGUGCUCCAGCUAAGGAGCUUAGAAAAGAGAGCAAGAAGCCGGCGAGGAAGCCAGAUCAACAGAAGACGGCGCCUCCCACCAAAAGUACACCACAGUCUGACGACAGUCGCAAAGAAGUGACCGAGACUGGCAACAAGAAGCGGAAAGCAACCGCACAGCCGACCGUCCAGACACCAGCUGUGCAGAAGGACGAUGAUGACGAGAUUGAUGCGAGCACGCGUCAAUUCGCCGCAUCAAUGCUGAAGGCCAGAGAGGGCAUCCAAGUCAAGUCUUCCAACGACAAGGAAGCAAGGGUCAAGACGGUCAAGCCAAAGAACAGCCCAGCACAGACUCCAGUCCUGUCAUCGGGCUCAUCACAGGCUGGUGAUGUGGAGGAUGACUGGUCGCCCGUGCUGUCAAGUGCACCACAAGCCGGCGGCAUUGAUGACAUGCUUGAGCCAGUUGCUGCUGGUCCAUCCUCCCUUCGAAUCACCGCGCCUGAGAGGCCUGUGAAGGAGAAGACGAAGAAAGAGCCCAAGCAAGAGGUUGUUGAGUCGAAGAAGGCUCGUCAGAACAGGCAAAAGGCAGAGCGACAGAAGCUGGAAAGACAGGAGCAAGAAGCCGAACAGAAGGCCAAGAAGGAGCAGCAGAUGCGUCUUGCUCGUGAGUCGCGCGGUGAGCCUGCCAAGAAUGGCAUCUCGAUCCCUGCGGCCCCAGUUCACAACCCAUGGUCCGAGAAGAACGCUGCACGCGAUGCACACCUGCCAGCUGUCUCGAACACUGGCUCCAACAUCCAGCUGCUGGACACCCUGGACACCGAGUCUAACAGCAGCUCUGACAAGGGCGACAGCACCGCUGCUACUUCCAUGACUGAUUCUGCCCCUGGACAGCUGGCUGAUUUCACCGAGGGCGACCUCGCCAAAGCCAUCGAGGAGAGCGAACGUGACUCUGGCUGGAAUGAGGUGAAAAGCAGCAAGAAGCUGAAGAAGAAGAACUCGAACAGCGAGAACGGCAACAUCACGCCAGUUGCUUCUGCUCCUGCCAACAACGGAAAGGCUGCCUCAGCCAAACCCAACGGCUACUCGGCCCUCACUGACGAGUUCGAGCAAAACGGUGCAUCCGCUUGGACAGCAUAG